UUCUUAGGUACUCUACCUGUCCUUUUGGCCUUCCCCAGUAUAAUAUUGGCUGCAAGUCUAGCGUAUACGCCUUCGACAUACUCAACUUCCUCAAUAAUCAAUUUGAUAGCCUUACUGAUUCUUUUAUCAAGCUUAUUUUUAGGAUUAACUAAAACUUUACUACAAUUUCAUAUAAUCUCCUUACCACAACAAGAGUCAGCUCCCUCGUCAUCAAAUACUAUGUAUCUACUUGUAUCCAUAGCAAUGGUUUAUUCGACUGCUCAUUUACUUUCAGUUAAUCGAUUAUCAGUGCUUUUCCUUGGUUUGUUUUUGAAUCAAUUUAAUGCUUAUACGGUUAUUUCAUUCAUAUUUGAUUUUUAUAAUAACAAAAGUACAAUCCCUGUUAUUGGAUAUUUGGUGGUUGGAAUCUCAUUUAGACUUUUGUAUAAAAAACUAGCUUUAUCUUCCAUCUCAAAAGCCUUAAACUUGGAUUAUCUGAUUUUAUUGAUCACUGGAUUGAUUUCCUCCGUUGUCUUGGCUUUUGCUGAGAAUUUAAGCUUGGUCAUGAUUGGUCUUAAUGUUGCUGCAUCCUUGGUUUUCAUCAUAUCUUUACCCGAUAGUUUUUUGAAAUUAAGAUCAAAUCCAAUCAUUUUAUCAUUAUUUUCCACUUCUUUGGAGUUCAUUGUUUUAUCAAACUCAAUAAGUCCAUUUCACCUAAUAGUAAAUGUUGUCACUCCGAUUGUUAUAAAACCAGAUCGUUCAAUCUUGGUCCAUGUGGACGACUCGGUAGUUUCAAGUAAUUCAGGUCAAGGGUCAAUAUUGAAAGAACUAUUAGGACAUUCCGAUACUAGGGCCAUCUUUAAUUUUUUACUUUUGAACACUACAUUCAUGUUUGUUCAAUUAUUAUAUUCUUUCAGAUCAAAGUCGUUAGGGUUAUUAUCAGAUUCUCUUCAUAUGGCAUUAGAUUGCACGUCGCUUGCCUUAGGUUUAGUUGCUGGAAUCUUACUGAAAUAUCCCAUCAAUCCUAAUGGUAAGUUCCCCUUUGGUUUAAAACAUUUUGAGAUUUUGGCUGGUUUUACUAAUGGUACCUUACUCAUAGGUAUUUCAGGAAGUAUAGUUUUUGAAGCUAUUGGGAGAUUAUUUAACCCUGUAUCAUUACAAAAGACAAAUGAAUUGAUUAUUGUUUCAUUUUUAGGUCUCUUGGUCAAUUUGGUGGGUAUAUUUGCUUUCAACCAUGGCCAUGAUCAUGGCGGUCACAGUCAUGGUCACAGCCAUAGUCAUAGUCAUAGUCAUAGCCAUAGUCAUGGUGAGGACCAUCAUGAAGAUGGUAUGAAUGAUAAUAUGAAAGGUAUCUUCUUGCACAUAUUAGCAGAUACGCUCGGAUCUGUUGGUGUUGUACUAUCCACCAUACUUAUUAAAUACUUCAAAUGGGAAGGAUUUGAUCCGGUUGCAUCUAUUAUAAUAGCAGUGCUUAUCUUUUUAUCGGCUGUACCAUUAAUAAAAUCUACUGCUUCGACCUUGUUAUUAAAACUAAGCUCCGAUAAAGAGUCGAGAUUGAGAUCAGUGUUGAAUGACGUGGUUACAAUAAAAGGUAUCAAAUCUUUCACAACCCCACGAUUCUGGCCUUCGAAUGACGAACUGAUUUUGAAUGGUUAUAUCCAUAUUCAAAUAUAUCGAGGCGAGAAUGGUUCCUAUAUUAAAAGACAAGUUGAAAAAUCUUUUCAACAAGAAAACAUCAACGUCAUGAUCCAACUAGAGAACGACUAUGAUGACUGUUGGUGCAGAUCCAAUUCG